AUGUGGUCGCCUCAAGUUAUAAAUUUCAAAUUAAGAAAUGGAGAAAUAUUUGGUGUUUUUUUUGAUAAUCUCAUGAAAUAUCCCGACACUUAUCUCUCAACAAUGGUCUCACAUGAAUCUGCUGGUCAUUUCAAGUCAACAAAUGAACAAGGUCAAUUUGUAGUCGAUGAAGAUCCAGAUAUUUUCAAAUCAAUUCUACAAUUUUAUCGUCGUGAUUGUUUUCAAUUGCCAAAACAAUAUAGAAUGAUAAAAGAGAGAAUUAUACAGAAAUAUUUAUUGCCAUGUAAUGCAUGUGACUCACUUAGUGGAAAUUUUCAUUAUAUUGCAAUCGAAGAGCAAGACGGACAAGAUAUAGGAUAUCAUGUUGCUAAUGAUGACAAAUCAUAUUUGAGUAGUUAUUGUCGUGUAACUCCAGACCUAAAAGAUGAGAUUAAUGGUGUUAAAUGCAUCGGAAAUUGUCUUUACCAAGCACAUUAUGUCGAUAUAAUUAAUUAUUUAUUUAAAUGUGGAGAUGCGAUUGAAAAAAUUAAAUUUAAACCUAGUGCGUCCAUUACAAUGAAGAAAAAAGUUUAA